GUGUGUGUGUGUGUGUUCGUUUGUCUUUGCUUAUUUCCACAGAUUAUAGCAGUGAAUCAUUACAAAUCUAAGUCACCCCCUGUGUGCUCAGCCUGGGCUCCUCCUCCUCUAUUCUCACACAUUUCAAUUGAUAGCAGCCGUCUGCUCCUCUCAGUCACUUCACACAGCUUGCAGCAUCCAGGUGUGGGGACACUACGGAGAUGAUGUAACAGGGACACCGAGUGGGCUGACUGGGGUACCAGCAACAGGACUUCACCCACCAUGCACUACAAGAUUCUCAGAGCAAUCAGCGGUGGCCUCGCUGAAGAAAGGCCUGGAUAUCUCUUCUGCCUCCCGGAACAAGGCUUCCAUCGAUCAUCAGUGCAUGGCGGCCUGCAUCAUCCCCUGACUCCUGCCAAGCUGGACUCCUCCGAAUUCUGUGAGGAGGCUGCCAGUUACCCACCUGUGUUCCCCAGUAAUCACCAAGUGCCCGCCAAUAACCCUACACCCCAGGACAAUGAGACACACGGAAAACCAGCAGAGGACAUCCCUCAGUUCAAAGAUGUUUCUACAAUCACAGACAUGUGCACCAAUGGGGAUGUCCCGGAGGUGGAGAUCAUCAGCCUUUUGCAGGAACGGCUCCCUCACUACACUCUGCGUGCCAACACCACGUUUGGAUACGACCAUGACAACUGGAUACACACUCCGCUACUACCGCCUGACCUGCCCUUCCGUCUUACACCUGAACAGAUAGAAGAGACGCUGAAGUAUUUCCUCCUAUGUUCCGAGCGAGUUGGCAGAAUCACCAAGGCCUAUCGGGACAUAGACGCUGUGACCAGUCUGCUAGAGGAGAAAGAGAGAGACCUUGAGCUUGCUGCUCGUAUUGGCCAGUCCCUUUUAAAGCAGAAUCGAGAACUGACGUCACGGAACGAGUAUCUGGAGGAACAGCUGGAGGCCGCUAAAGAGGAGGUUUAUCAGCUUCGACAUGAAGUCUCCAUGCGGGAAGACCUUCUCCAUCUGUACACCAGCAACUUGGACAGCGAGUCCACAUCUGCCAUUGCAACGCCGCUGCCUAGAAAUCACUCCUCGUUCUGUCUUGAGCAAGAUGUCCAUCUAGAUGCCCUCCAACAGAAGCUCAAAAACCUGGAGGAAGACAACCGGAAGAUGCGUAAUGAGGCCAGCCACAUCCUUGAAAGAACUAAUGACUAUGAAGAUCAGGAGAGUUCACUAAUGCUGGACUGCGUAGAACAGUUUUCGGAGGUCAGUAAGCAGAUGGCACUGCUGGCAGAGGAACUGGCACGCAGGGGAGAAGAUGCAGCCCGGCAGCAAGAAGAGAUCAGCCAGCUUCUUUCCCAGAUUGUUCACCUGCAGCAGAAGUGUCGCAUGAACUCCACAGAGAAUGAAGAACUUCAGCAACACCUAGCUGCUGUAAAGGAAAGGGAAUGCUUUCUGAAAACUGAGCUUCAAGACCUUCUGGAAAAGCACAGUGAAAGUGAGGAGAUGCUGCAUGAGGCACAGGAGGAGCUAAAGAACCAAAGGAACCGAAGCCUCCCCAACAGCAGUAUCAGCAGAUACAGCACACUGAACAUUUUCCCUUUGGAUUCCUUAGCAGCAGAGAUUGAGGGAACAAUGAGAAAGGGGAUUGAUGCAUCAUCAGAACUAAAGAGCUACAAGCGAGUUUUUGAGACCGUGAAAGCCGCCAACCUAGUGGUAAGGUCACGUGGUCCUUCUCAGCGGCCAUCUGCUGCUCCAAGCCGUGUGGGCACUCCUCCAAUGAGCUUCUGUGAAUCAGAGAAUUCCAGCAUGGAGCAACUGGAGGAGGAGACUUUGCUUCAAGGAGAAGGGAACGAAUCUUUUGUUGCUGGAGAGAAGAAGUUGGGAACACCCGGUACACCUGGAGGACAAGACCUGGCCGCUGCACUUCAGAGACUUAGCGCUCAACAAGAAUCCGACUCUUCAGAUCUGUUUAGGGAGAGGGAACACAAGUUGCAACAAGUUGGAGACGUCUCCAGUGGAUUCCUUACACCCAAUGAUAGCAUCCUUUCCACUGGUACCAAUUAUUCUGGCAUUUCUGAAGCCAGUGGCAGCUCUAGUCUAUCCAUGGGAUCAAGAUGCUACCUACCGGAGAAGCUUCAAAUUGUCAAACCACUGGAAGGUUCAGCGACCCUCCUGCACUGGCAGCAGCUAGCAAAGCCAAAUUUAGGUGGCAUCCUGGAUCCCAGGCCAGGUGUUCUCACCAAAGACUUUCAGGAGCUGGACAUUGAUGUUGAGGAUGUCUACAACCUCAAUGACUUUGAGGAAGAUGAGCCAAUUUCCUUCCAAGCUACAGUGACCUCCACUCCUACCAAAAACAGGAAUAUGAAUAGCAUGUUCAGUUCUAAUAACAACCUCCCCCAGACACCAUCUACGUUCACCAUAACCACAUGUCGCACCCCGCACACUCUACAGGACAUUACAAUGGUCACUUCCAGUCUUCGUAAUCCAGUCCUUUCUUCAUAUGGAAGCUAUGAGAGCAUAAGUUCCCUCAAUCUAGAUACUCAAAAGGACCAAACGGUGACCUCUGCCGCAACAAGCCAAGACCAGAUCAGCUCUGGACGCAACACUCCCAUGGGACUAGUUACCCUGCUUCAGGAGCAUGGUAUAUCUGCCACUGCUGAGACCAGCAAGGCAACCUCAACAGAAAAUGAAAUGAAACCUCCUGUUCCAGUUGCACGCCAUUCUUUCUUACCUUUGAGUUGGGGUAGGACUUUGAUGGGUCUGGGUUUUGGAAGAUCCCUAGUGGACGGUGCUACAGUUACAAAGACAUCAGACUCUGCUCCAACCCAGAAAAACAUCUUCAGUCUGAACUUGGUGGGACAGUUGCAGAGGCUUGGCUUGAAUAGGGUGGCGGAAAGGGGUAGUGCCUCUUUCCAGAGGGCAACAGAGGACAAAAAUCCCCCAAGCUAAAUUCACAUUGUCCAAAUGCCCAAUAAGGCAGCAUAAAAACUCGCAAAACUUUGCACUGAGUGGACUUUCCCAGGACAUGUACAGAAGAUGAAGAUUCCUGGAAUAUGAAGAUCACAGACACUUUAAUAUCAUUACUUGCAUGCUGUGUUCGAAAAACAUAUAAAAACACGUUGUUGUCAGACUGUU